AUGGCGUAUCAGACAGAGGUGAUCAGUUCCCAGCCCCAGGUGACUGUGACGAGCUACACGGUGUCAACUGGCUCCUCAGAGUGGAGCUCCAAUGUGUGUGACUGCUGCGACGACUGUGGCAUCUGUCUAUGCGGCACCUUUAUUCCCUGUAUUCUGGGCUGUAAAGUGGCCCAGGACAAUGGAGACAGCUGCUGUUUGCCUUUCCUGCCUGGUGCCAUGAUAGCCCUGAGAACCAGCAUCCGCGACAGAUAUCGCAUCAAUGGCUCCGUCUGCGAUGACUGGGUGGUCAUGGCCUGUUGUCCGCUCUGCGGGCUUUGCCAAAUGGCCCGAGAGCAGAAGAUGAGAGGCUGA